AUGGAUGGAUGGAAGGACGCGAGCGAGUGGGUGGGAAUUGCUGCUGUAUUGGUCGUGCCGUAUGGCUUCUGCGCGGAUUACGGCAAAUCAAUUAAUGCUGUCGACGAGUACUUGGAAGCGCAGGGGCGCCGUCGAAAGGACGUGGCUGGCGAUGGGGCAUGCUUGUUCCGCUGCUUCUCCUUUGCCCUCUUCCACACAGAACACUUGCACAUGCGCAUGAGACGCGUCGCCCUGGACCACAUGCGCCAACACCGUCACGACUUUGAACCCUUUAUGGAAAAGGCGUGGGACCAGUACAUGCUGGAGAUGUCGGGCCCAAAAGUGUGGGGUACGCAACUGGAACUGCAGGCGCUGGCAGCAGCAUGUAACCUUGCUGUGGUCAUCUUUGCUGCACAGCCAACGCCCCACGUCAGCCAUGCUGGCAGUGCCACUGGCGUGAUUGAGCUCUGCUAUUGGAACAACAACCACUACGAUAUCGUGUAUCCUAUUUCCUUCUUCGACACCGCCGAAACCAUCUAUUCCGUCAUGCGCGACAUCGUGCAGCGCGUCACAGGCCUGCCGCCAAGUGCACCCCGUCCAUUUUACCGAGCAGAGCCCAACCUUGCAGUCCCAGGCGGGCACAAGCUGGCGGUUGGAUCUGCAUGUGCAGUGCGACUCAAAGAAUCAGCAUCUCGCCUCACACGCGCCACCAUCACACGUAUCAACGCAGCGCACGCAACAGUCCAGCUCGAGAACGGCGACGAACAUGACGUCAACUUGCAUGACCUCGUUCGCAUUGAGAAGGACCUCGCCGCAGGUGUACGCGUGUACAAGAAGAAGAACAAGAGCAACGGUGCAAUGGGCAAGAAAGGCAACAGCAACACCAACAACCACGACGAAGAUGAUGAUGACGACGACGACGACUUGGCGAGAAAAUAUUCAGCGGCACCUUCGCCAUCCCACCGCGCGCGUGUGGCGGCAGCAGCAGAGCAGCCCUGCGAAGCAAGUGGUGGUGGUGGCGGUGAUGGUGGAAGGAGGACCGUGAUUGGUGGCCAUGGUGAGGAUGGUAGAAACAACAUCGACAGUGGUGGUGAUGUUGGGGACGGCAAUGACGGCGAAGCGUUGGUGGGGAAAGAGAAGAAACAGAAAGUGGGCAAGAAGAAGAAAAAGAAGAAACAAAAGCAGGUGCUACUGAAGCUGUAA